AGGUGGGAGCAAAGCCAAACGGGACAAAAGAGGGUUCCCUCGGGAGCAGGAUGGGGACUGAGGGAAGCAGGACAAAGCCUGCUGGCCGUGGGGUCCCCCACGUGUGUCCCCCGGCCAUGGGAGAGCAGCCGGGUGAUGGGCAGCGCUGGCCGGGGGGAGCCCAGCCACCCCUCCCGGGCCCCCGGGGCAGCGUCUGGGCGGGCGCUGGCGCUGCUCCCGCUCUAUCUCUGGCUGCUGGGCGCUAUCUCUGGUGCCGGGCGCUAUCUAUAGAUGUUUGACACCUCCAGGUGCGGAGGGAGCCGGGACCCUCCACCUCCCACCGCUGCCGGCACACUGCAGCGCGGCGCUGCGCUCCUUGGUUCUCGUUGACACCCUGCUCUCUUUUCCCGCAGGCAGCCGCGGGACGGCAUUUAGGAGGAACCAGCCCCCGGAGCUGGAUUUGGGGGCUCGGGGCAUCCCACAGGGCCUCUGUGGGGUCGUGGCAGCCGUAGCAGCAGAGCAGAGCGGGCUUUGCCUGCCCAGGACGGGAGGGAAAGUGCUGAGCGUGCAGUGUUUGCAGAGCAGAGCUGCUGGGACGCUCCCCGUGCUUUCUCUCCCGGCUGUCCUGCCUCCCUCCUGACCCUGGCGAGGCAGCAGAGCCCCUCUGCAUCCCUCCUGUCCCCCCCGGGCUCUGCUGCACGGGAACCAAGGUGUGCCCCGGCUCUGGGGCAUCGCCCGCCUCUCUCCCCAGUGAUGCUGUCCCAGCAAACGCCACCACCCCGUGUCCCGGGGCCUGAGCAGCUCUGUCGCUGCCUCUCUGGUCUCCAGGAGGUCACGCCUUGUCUUCCCUGCACCCAUCUCUGCAGCUGGAAUCCAGGUUUGGAGCCCAGGGCCCAAAGGCUUCCUUGACCGAUGGUGCAAAUGGGAUCAAAGACUUUCUCCAGCCCUGUUACUGCUGGGCAGAGCCUCCCCAUCCCAGAGCUGGGUGAGGAGAGGUGUUAUCCUGGGAGAAGAUGCUGCUGGAGAAGGGGAAGGAGCCUCCAGCAGUUUGGCAGCCCCGGGCAGUGAUGGAGCUGUCCGGGAGCGGGCAGGUGACCAGGAACACCUCCACCUGCUGCAGCCUACCUGGGGCAUCCCGGCUGGGCUGCUCGGGCCCCUCUGCUGUUCCCAGCCUGGAGCAGCCCCUCUGCUCUCUGCCUGCCUCUGAGAGGGCAUUUCCAACCCUCCCGGGCCCCUCGGGGCUCUCCAGAACGGGAACAGCCGCCGCGGAUGGUGCGAGCAGGGCUGGCCGCCAGCCAGCACAGGGGACACAGCUGCAUGUCCCCACUGCCCCCGGGGGUCUGGGGGCCGCAGGAGCCCACCGUGUGCCACAGAGCGGGGAGCCGGCAGUGCCAGGAGCUGUCGCCUGCAGUUCAGGGGAAAAUUUUUCCGCCCUCCCACUCCGGCGGCUGCAAUCCACCAACCACAGCAUUUACUGCUUUUUUUCGCCCCAGCACCGCUCCAGCCAUAUUGGGCUGUGGGGAGAAAGCGGCUCUAAUGUUCUAUGUCACCUGCAAAUAACCCGGGCGUUCGAAAAAGCACCUCCACCACCUCCACAAUCCACACCAACACCACGUCCUCUCCACACACAAAAGUCCGUCAAAAUGAGCCCGGAAGCCUGGCUCCCGCAGCCCACCUUGUUCCUCACUGGCCUCACCUUGCUCCUCUCGCUGGCACCCCCAAGACUGGGCAUGGAGGUCAUGGCCCCUGCCAUCAUCAAUGCCUUGAAUGGCUCCUCUGUGAAGCUCUCCUGCACCUUCAACUCCUGCUACAAGGUGGAGAACAAGCAGUUUUCCCUCAACUGGACGUACCAGGAGUGCAGUAACUGCUCGGAGGAGCUGUUCCUGCAGUUCCGCACCAAGAUCAUGAACAAGCAGCUGGACCGCUUCGGGAACCGCGUGGAGUUCACCGGCAACCCCGCCAAGUACGAUGUGUCCUUCACCCUCAAAAACGUGCAGCUGGAGGACGAGGGCACCUACAACUGCUACGUGCUGAACCCCCCGGACCGGCACCGGGGCCACGGCAAGAUCAGCCUGAAGGUGCUCACCAAAGAGCUCCCAAAGCACGACUCGACAGUGGCUGUGAUCGUGGGUGCCUCCGUGGGCGGCUUCUUGGCCGUGGUGAUCCUGGUGCUGAUGGUGGUGAAAUGCGUGCGCCGGAAAAAGCAGCAGAGGCUCAACACGGACGACCAGAAGACAGAGGAGGAAGGGAAGACGGAUGGCGAAGGCAACCCCGACGAGGGCACCAAGUAAUGCCCCCCU